AUGAUGGAGCCAGCUGUCCCUGAGGACAUCCCACAGGCGGGCCCCUCAUCAUCUCAUCAGAUAGCAGAGGACGAAGGCGAGUCUGAUCGGUCCGAGAAAGGUUUUGAAGUUUUUGACCGAGUCUACCAAUCCGAAGAUCCUCAUGGUGACAUAGGUGACUCAGCCUUGUCCGAGGCGGAAUUGUUGUCCAUAGGCACCUCUUCUCAAGCCGAGAUGGGAGUUAAAAGAAUACCUUUGACCCCCCUUCUCCAACUCCUUGAGGGCCCGCCUGGGAAGGAUACACAGGAGGCACCACAACCCCAUGCUCCUUCUCCACCAACUCGGCACCCUACCAUCCAAACCAGGUCAUCCUCCGCCAAGUCACAGUCACAAUCCACUCGCCCCGAACUUCCCACUUCCUCCCAACCAGCUCGGCCUCAUCGACCUAAAGGCGCUGAUUCCAAGAGAAAGAGGAGCCCCAAGGGCAAGGAUGUCAUGGACGAGGGAAAAAUCCCACCUUCUAGGGAGAAAGUUGAGGCUCCUCGCACAAAACAGCUGAAAAUUGGACCCCAAGGAAAGGGCAAAGAAACUGUAGUCCAACCUUCUCAAGGCAAAGGAAAGGGGGUUGAAUCCCAGUCUCUACCAGAUGCCUGGCUUCCUGCCCCGAUGCUUCACGGGGGUCCAUUACUGGAGACGGCCUCUAUGAGGGACCUUGGAGAUGGCGAGGGUGGUUACGUGGCGGAUGCACUAGGGAGAACCAUGCUACUCCCUAAGGACGUGGAGGAACUGAGGAGAAAGAGAAUGCAGGAGGUGGAGAGCAUAUUCUAUCCGGCGGCCAUCCGCGAGACCACUUCUACCAGCCCUGCGACUACGGAUGUUCAACCCGAGGAAGAGAUCACCUCGUCGGAAAACUUACAAGCCAGCGGUUCCUCUAGCAAGGCGCCCAAAGAGGGACAACUUCAGGAUGCGAUAGUAAUAUCGCAGCAUGCGGAUCCUGAGGCACCUACCGAGGUUACUGAGCCCGUGGUUGGCAUCCAGGUGUCCAGUACAGAAGAGCCAGCCACACUUACGCAGCCACUACAGGCUACUCUCCCUACUGUGGUCCCUCAGAGUACCAGUACUGGCCCUGCUCAGCCUUCCCUAGAAGGGACCAUCAUUCCGGGCAUCGAAGCUGAUUCUGUUCCUAUCUCCCAGGAUGUGACCGACAAAAAAGCAAAAAAGUAG